UUUUUUUUGCCGCGCAAGUACACGCAGCCCAGCACAAUGACAGCCAGUAAUCCGGUUCUUGGUUUAGAUUUUCGGAGUUACUUAUAAAUACAUCACACGAUUUCCGUGCUCUUGUAGUGUUCAGGUACUGAUUUUGCUUGUCACCUCCGCCGAAGUAAGUUGCCGAAGCACAGUGGCUCUCCGUAGCUAAGCUUUGCUUCCGAAGCGUGCUUUCCACCGUAAAGCAGACCCGACAUUAUACUAGACAGGAAAAACGUAGUGGAAAAGUGCAAAAAUGAAAUAUAGGGUUUCGCACCGAUUUCAUGUGUUCCCUCACCUUGCGCAGCCUUAUUACGCACUUAACCAGUCUCGUUCCUUAUCUUCUUUCUUCAAAAAGUUUCAAGCAGCACAAGCUCGAGCUUCUAUAAAUGGCGGAAGUGGCAAUUCUCAAGGUGAUUCUUUUCUCAUGCCUGGCGCUACAGUAGCUGCCAUACUUAUGCUUGGCGCACUACAUGCCCGUCGACUAUAUGAUGACAAGAAGAUUGAGGAGAUGAGGGAGAAAGGAAUCGAAUUGGAGUUUCAACCUGAUGUUAAGGCUACAUUUUUGAGGGUGCUGCCUCUGCGUUCAGUAUCUAGAUUUUGGGGAUACUUGGCAAGCAUGGAAAUUCCCGUGUGUUUAAGACCAUAUGUUUAUAGAGCUUGGGCUCGGGCAUUUCAUUCAAAUUUAAAUGAAGCUGCUUUACCUUUAGACAAGUAUGCCUCUUUAAGGGAUUUCUUUGUUCGCACUCUGAAAGAAGGUUCCAGGCCCAUUGACCCUGAUCCACAAUGUCUGGUUAGUCCUGUGGAUGGUACAGUUUUAAGAUUUGGAGAGUUGAAAGGAGCAGGUGCGAUGAUUGAACAGGUCAAAGGAUUUUCAUAUUCUGUUUGUUCUCUUCUUGGUGCAAGCCAAUUUUUUCCGACUGCGGCUGAUUGUAAUAUACAUGAGAAGCAUAUUGAAUCUGUAGUCACUAGUGAUGAGAAGAGAAACAGAUCUUGGUGGAGUGUCUCCUUAGCUUCUCCCAAAGUUUGGGACCCUAAAUCAUCAUGGCUCGUAUAUAGUCAAAAUUUCUAUUGCAGUCCAGAGAGAGGCCUCUUCUACUGUGUGAUUUACUUAGGCCCUGGGGACUACCAUCGCAUACAUUCACCUGCUGACUGGAACAUUCUCGUUCGCAGGCAUUUCUCAGGACGUCUUUAUCCCCUGAACGAACGUGCUACAAGAACGAUAAGAAAUUUAUAUAUUGAGAAUGAAAGGGUAAUUUGCCAAGGACAGAUGCAACAAUUUUCUCUCCAUAAACCUGUUGUUCUUGAAGGUCUAUGGCAACAAGGAUAUAUAGCGCUUGCAGCAAUUGGGGCCACAAAUAUUGGAUCAAUCCAGCUUCUCAUUGAACCUGAACUCAAAACCAACAAGCCAAGGAAGAAGUUUCUUCACUCGGAGCCUCCUGAGGAACGGGUUUAUAAACCUGAAGGGGUUGGUAAGAUGCUGUCCAAGGGAGACGAGUUGGGUGCUUUCAACAUGGGAUCGACAGUUGUGCUUGUUUUCCAAGCUCCCAUUUCGAAACUGCUCGAAGGAGGAGGAGGUUCCUCACCGGAGUUCAACUUCUCUGUCAGACGUGGGGACAGAGUACGUGUUGGUGAGGCUUUGGGAAGGUGGAAUUAAGUUUACGGUGGCCUCUGCACAGAGUACAACAAUCACAUUAUGUAUAAAAAGAAUAUUUAAUUGUGCCCGGGGUAGAUUCCCUUCAUAUUAAUCCGAGAUUUCGAAACUCAAUACUGCUUUAAGAGUCAACUGCGUUCAUCAUAGUGGGAAUUUAGUUCUGCUAUUUAUUUA